CUGUGCUGAGACCCGGGGCUUCCAUUUCGAUCUAGCGGGGCUGCGGCCAUUGUUUGUAUAGACGGUCAAUUUUGGCCGGUCCCAUCCCCCUCAGAGGCUCCAUAAGUGACGCGGACUCUCGGGAGCACCAAGCCAGAAGCGGACAAGGGCGGGGAGAGCUGUGGCUGAAGAAAGAGUGGCAGAAAAGGGAGGGUGAGGGGCCGAGAAGCGGCUCUGGCUUAGAAAUCCCGAAGACACCAGUGUAGGGACCUGUGAUCACCAAGGCAGAACCGGGGUAGCAAAGGCUCAUGCCCCCAUUUUACAGCUCAGACUCCUCAAAACUCCACCCUUCCCCAAAAGAGGAACAUGAAAGAGGAAGGAUUGUUCACUACUUUCCUCAUAGUCUGAUCCCAGGUCUCUUCUUGGAAAACCUGAUCUUUGACCAGAUGGCAGUAACAUUUGAAGAUGUGACUGUUAUUUUUACUUGGGAGGAAUGGAAAUUCCUGGAUUCUUCUCAAAAAAAGCUCUAUAGAGAGGUCAUGUGGGAGAACUACACAAAUGUCAUGUCAGUAGGAAACUGGAAAGAGAGCUACAAACCCCAAGAAGAAAGAUUCAGAUACUUAAAACAUGAAAAUCUUCCCUGCUGGCAAGGCUGGAGGAAUGCCAGCACUCAGAUAUAUGAGAAUAGAAACUAUGUGGAAACCGUCCAAGGAAUAGAUUUGAAAGACCUAAAGCAACAAGAUCUUUCCCACCAUCAGGAAUGGUUAAUACUCUCCACCCAAGUACCAUGGAAUGGGAACUGUGAAUUAACUUUUAAAGGCAAAAGUUCCAGGAACUUAAAAUAUACAAAGUUUAUACCUUGGCAGUCCUUAGAAACAAAACAUACCCAUGAAGACUAUGCUAGAGAAAUCUAUGUGAAUGAUUUACAUGGUUUUCAAGGAAGCAGAUGGCAUCUUGGCAUAUCUAGGAAAAAUCUCUCUGUGGAAAAAGAACAAAAACUCAUAGUUAAGCAUUCUUAUGUCCCAACAGUAGAAGCCCUUCCAGAGUACACUGAGGAACUAUGUCAACAUGACCUACUGAAAAACUCUGUGGAAGAGGAAAACUGUGGAUGUAAUAAAUGUAAAGAAAUUUAUUAUUGGAACUCACAGUGUGUUCUCCACAAGAGAAAUCAAUGUGGAGAAAAGUUCUUUCAAUGCUCUAUCAGCACAGCAUGCUUCUCUCAAAGAUCAGACCUAUACAGACAUCCAAGAAUUCACAUAGGUAAGAAGCUGUAUGGAUGUGAUGAAGUUGACAGUAACUUCAGGCAAAGCUUAGGUAUCCACUUUCAUCAGAGGGCCUACACAGGGGAGGUCUCUUACAUAUGCCACGUGUGUGGUAAGAGCUUCAGUCAGAUCUCUAGUCUUCACAGUCAUCAAAGAGUCCACACAGAAGAGAAACUUUAUAAACUUGAGUGUAAUAAGGACCUCAGUAGAAAUUCAUUACUUCAGAUUCACCAGAGACUUCACCUAGGAGAGAAGCCUUUUAAGUGCGAUCAGUGUGGUAAGAGUUUUAGUCGGAGUUCAGUACUUCAUGUUCAUCAGAGAGUCCACACAGGAGAGAAACCAUAUAAGUGUGAUGAGUGUGGCAAGGGCUUCAGUCAGAGCUCAAAUCUUCGGAUUCAUCAGUUAGUCCACACGGGAGAGAAGUCCUAUAAAUGUGAUAACUGUGGUAAGGGCUUUACCCAGCGCUCAAAUCUCCAAAUUCACCAGAGAGUACAUACAGGAGAGAAGCCUUAUAAAUGUGACAACUGUGGCAAGGACUUUAGUCAUAGCUCUGAUCUUCGUAUUCAUCAGAGGGUCCAUACUGGGGAGAAACCCUAUACUUGUCAUGAAUGUGGGAAGGGCUUCAGCAAGAGUUCAAAGCUUCAUACUCAUCAAAGAGUACAUACUGGAGAGAAACCCUAUAAAUGUGAACAGUGUGGUAAGGGAUUCAGUCAGCGUUCCCACCUUCUCAUUCACCAGCGAGUCCACACAGGAGAAAAACCCUAUAAAUGUGAUGAUUGUGGAAAGGGCUUUAGUCACAGCUCUAAUCUUCACAUUCAUCAGAGAGUCCACACAGGAGAGAAGCCUUAUCAAUGCACUAAGUGCGGCAAGGGUUUCAGUCAUAGCUCAGCUCUUCGAAUUCAUCAAAGAGUCCACAUAGGAGAGAAACCUCAUAAAUGCCAUGAGUAUUAUAAGGGAUUUGAUAAAAAUUCUCAUCUUCACAAUAAUAACACAUGAGAAACCUUAUAAUUACAUUUACUUAGUUAACAACUUUAAUCAAAGCUUAACAUUCAGCCCAAUAAAUGCUGCGGGGAAGAAAAGUCUAUAAAUAAACCCAAAUAAUCCCAAGCAACAUUUCUAGUUUCCCCCAACUCCCACUAAGAAUCAUUUGGUUCAAGAAGAAAUCCUUAGGAGGAUGCCUAUAUAUUUAAAAUGAAAGUAUAUUUACUUUUUCUAUUAUAUCAUACAUAUCCAUUAUAAAAUAUAUGAAAGAUUCAAGAAGAAAA